GGGGGGUGCAUGGGGCUGGGGUGGCUGCGCAUUGCCUGAGCCAGGGGAGCCCCUGGGGUCAGGCCUGGGGGAUCCCCACUCCCAGGCCUUGCGGAGGCGCUGAGGGAGCAGUCGGGGCUGGAGAGCGUCUGCGCGCAGGUCUGGGCUGCAGCCGGGGGCCAGGCGCCGGCGAGGAGGAUGCGGGACGCCUGCCGCAUCUGCGCCCGGGAGCUGUGCGGCAAUCAGAGGCGCUGGAUCUUCCACCCGGCCUCCAAGCUCAACCUGCAGGUGCUGCUGUCCCACGUGCUGGGCAAGGAGCUGUGCCGCGAUGGCAAGGCCGAGUUCGCCUGCAGCAAGUGCGCCUUCAUGCUGGACCGCGUCUACCGCUUCGACACGGUCAUCGCCCGCAUCGAGGCGCUCUCCAUCGAGCGCCUGCAGAAACUGCUGCUGGAGAAGGACCGCCUAAAGUUCUGCAUUGCCAGCCUGUACCGGAGGAACAACGGCGAAGAGCUGAGCCCUGAUGACAAAGUGGGGGAUGGCACUGUGGACCUCUCGAGCCUGCCCGAUGUCCGAUACGCGGCCCUUCUGCAGGAGGACUUUGUCUAUUCCGGGUUCGAGUGCUGGACGGAGCACGAGGAGCAGGCCUCAGAGUCACACAGCUGCCACGCUUCGGAGAGCGGGGCUAGCCGGCCCAGGCGAUGCCGGGGCUGUGCUGCUCUGCGCGUUGCGGAUUCUGACUACGAAGCCAUUUGUAAAAUCCCGCGAAAGGUGGCCAGGAGCAUCUCUUGUGGGCCUUCUAGCAGGUGGUCUGCAAGCGUGUGCAAUGAAGAGCCACCCAUAGGCGAGCUUGGAGCCACUGAAUCACCCAAUGCCAAAGUACCUGCGGAUGGAGACAGCAUGGAGGAAGGGACUCCCGGGUCCUCCAUUGAAUCCUUGGACACCACUGUGGAGGUCGGCUCUUUGCAGCAGAAGGAGGAGGAAAUGGACAAAGGUGGAAAAGGCAGUGGGAAGUGCGACUGUUGCUCCGAUGAUCGCACCACUCUAAACUCUUCAUUAAAUAGUAAUAGGUUGGAGCUAGCUCUUAGCCUGAUCAAAACCUGUGACUACAAGCCUGUUCAGAGUCCCAAAGGCAGUAGGUUACCUGUUCUAGUGAAAUCCAAGCCCAGCCACGACACGAUGGAUGGAAGUCCUCAUGCUGGUUUGGUGACGACUGGUUCUGGAUUCCUGAACGCAGAUGUGAAGUCCUUUUCCCGACCUCCUCUGGGCUUUCCCUUGGAGAUGUCAGACCUGCAGGAGUUGUGGGAAGAUCUCUGUGAGGAAUAUAUGCCACUUCAGGUUCAGGAUGUGACGUCGCCUGGAGUGUUGGAACAUACGAACUGUGGUGCUAUGACAUAUCAAUGUUAUGUUUCUGAAAAUAUAUUUCUUUCUUUCCUGGCAACUCACUGCGGACCGGCGACUGGUGACUCACGGACCAGCGCCAGUCCACAGACCACCGCUUUGAGAAGCACUGGUUUAGGUCAUGUCUUGAGGAAGAAUCUGCAUGAGGACCAUCAGCAGCUGACUCAGUGUGAGCCUGCAGCCACAGAGCAUGUAUCCAGGUCGCAUGUUGUGGAGCUGCAGGAUAGAAUCCAGCAAUUUGAUGCCACCAACAAGUUGCUUCAGGAAAAGCUGAACGAGUUGAAUUUUGAACUAAAAUCUGUCCAAGAAACGUCUCGGAAACAAGAUCGUACAAUCCAGAGUCUGAACGAGACCCUGAAGAGCAAAGAUUGUGAGACAGAAGAACUGUAUCACGUGAUUGAAGGGCAGAAUGAGACGAUGGCCAAACUACAAGAUAUGCUACAUAGGAGCCAGCUUGGACAUUUACAGAUCUCGGAAAGUCCAUCCCCUGCCCAGCAGCAGCAGGUGGCACUGCUGGAGCUGCAGAACACACUCUUCUGCACCCAGCUGGAGGUACAGAAGGGAAAGAGAGCUCAGCGGCAGAAAGAACAUCAGCUGGCUGAAGCCAGGAGGGCUCUUCAGCUCCUAGAGACUGUCCUGCAGGAGGAGCAGCAGCAGCAGGAGGCAGCGUGGAAACACAAUCAGGAGCUGCGCAGUUUUGUGCAGAAGCUCCAAGCAGAGCUGAAGGAUAAGGGUCAGCAGCUCCAGAACUUAGAGUGGGAGAAAUGCCAUGAGACCCAGGCCCACGAACAGAGACUUCAGCGUGUGAGCCAGAGUCUGGCUCACAAAGAGCAGCUUCUGCAGGAAUCCAUGGAACUGCGACAUCAUCAGCAGAGCUUGAACAAGAGCCCUUCAGCGGCAAAUGCCAUGCUGGAAAAGCUGCAGCAGCGAGUCAAGGACAGAGAUGCUGCAUUGGAGCGAGCAGUAGAUGAUAAGUUCUGUGCCCUGGAAGAGAAGGAGCAAGAGCUGCGACAGCUCCACCUCUCAAUAAGGGAGCGGGAGCGUGACCUGGAGAGAUUGCGAAGCAUCCUGUCCAGCAAUGAGGCCACCAUUCAUAGCCUAGAAAGCCUGCUGAAAGCCAAAACCCUGGAAUUAGAGCAGGCAUCAGCAACCUGCCAGAACCUCCAAUGGCUGAAAGAGGAAGUGGAAGCCAAAUCCAGCAGCAGGCAGAAGGAGCAAGAAGGGAUCAUUCAGCAGCUGCAGACCUCUCUGCAUGACAGGAACAAGGAAGUGGAAGAACUCACAGCCACCUUGCUUUGCAAGCUAGGCCCUGGGCAGAGCGAGAUCACAGAAGAGCUGUGUGUACGCCUCCAGCGCAAGGAGAGGAUGUUGCAGGAUCUCCUGAAUGACCGGAGCAGGCAGGUGGUGGAGCAUGAGUCUGAAAUUCGGGGACUGCUUCAGGUCAUUGGCACCAAGGAGGAGCGCAGCCGAAUUGCUGCAGAGAAGAUGGUGCAGGCUCUGGCAGAAAGAAGCUGCGAAUUACAAAUCCUGCGCCAGCAAAUGAUGGGGAAGGAGCUUGGGAAGAACCAGAGAGCCAAUGCCAAGCUGUUCCAGGAAGAUGGAGAGCAGCCCAUUCAAGAUUUACUGCAAGGAGGUUGUGGUGACACCACCAUCAGCACAGUCUCCAAGGAACAGGACAGCAAAUACCAGCCAGGAAGAGGUAUUAUGGAGUCAGCUGCAGAACUGGAGAAGGAGCUUGUUAAUGCCAAAGAGGAACUUGAGCUGAUGGCAAGAAAGGAAAGGGAAAGCAGGUUGGAGCUCUCAGCUCUUCAGUCUGUGGUGGCCACACAGGAGGAAGAGCUGCAGGUGCAGGCCUCGGAUGUGGAGUCCCUGACUAGGAAAAUCCAGAUCAAAGAGGACCUUAUAAAGGACCUGCAGAUGCAGCUGGUUGACCCAGAGGAAAUUCCAGCCAUGGACCGACUGACCCAAGAAGUUCUGAUGCUUCGAGAGAAAGUGUCUAUCACAGAGUCACGAGGACAGGAAGCUUCAGGGAACAGGAGGCAACAGCUCCUACUGAUGCUGGAAGGGCUGGUGGCUGAGAGGAAUCGAUUGAAUGAAGCUCUACAAGCAGAAAGGCAGCUCUACAGCAGUCUGGUGAAGUUCCACACACACCCAGACAGCUCUGAGAGAAACCACACUCUGCAAAUGGAGCUGGAGGGGGUCCAAGCACUCCGGGACCGACUGGAAGAUGCUCUUAGAAGAAGUUUGGAACGCUUGAGCAGGCUGGAGACCCAGGGCGCCAUUGGAGGUCAACACAUGGGGGAAGACACCGAGGACACCAGCACUGAAUUCACUGACAGCAUUGAGGAGGAGGCACCAACCAGAUAUACAGCUGCACAAACUAGCCAAGGGGGCCUUGAGAACAAGCUGGCAGUCAAGGAUAUUCAGUCUGAUUCCCUGGCCCCAGCUCUGCUGGAGAGCCUGCAGAUGGAGCUGCUGUGGGAGAGAUCACAGAGUCAGCAGAUCAAGGAGGAGAAGAGGAAGGUGGAAGGGGAGCUGAGGGAGCUGAAGGCACAGCUUGAGGAAGCUGGCUUCUCCUCCGUGUCUCACAUCAGGAAGGCCAUGCUCAGCCUGUGCCUGGAGAACGCGGAGCUGAAGGAGCAGAUGGGGGAGGCGACGUCGUCGGCGGAGUAUGGGGAGCGCAAGGAGGAGAAGGCUGAGACAGGGGCAGGCGAGGCCCUGAAGCCCGAGCUCAGGCGGCUGCAGCGGAAACUGCGCAAUGCGGAGACCAUCAUCGCCCUCCUCAAGGAGCAGCUGGCGCUGCACAGUCGAGAGGACAAGAGUGGACUUGGCCCCCAGGUCACGGCCAGCAUGGCCAGGGAGGUGGUCGAGCGGCUCCAUGUGGAGGUGGGGACGGCCCCGGCAAAACGUCCUGCUGUGGAGGGGCAGCCCCACGAGGAUGCAGCCAAGAGACCCUGCCCUCAGUCGCCAGAUCUGGCUUGUGGCCCACCGCGAGCUCCCACAGAAGGAAGCCAGGCACAGGCCAGUCUCCAGAGCAGCUUCUGGACGCAGUUGGGGGAGUCUGGCUCUGGGCAGUCAGCACAGCAGCGUCUCUCCCAGCCAGCUCAGGGCAGGCAGCACUACCAGGAGCUACAGAACAAGCUGGCGGUGUCGGAGGCCACAGUCCGGGCCCAGGCUGAGCAGCUGGAGCAGUACCGGACCCUGCUCAGUGAACCUCUGGUCCAGCAGGACAACAAGCAGGUGCAAGUGGACCUCCAAGAUCUGGGCUACGAGACGUGUGGGAGGAGUGAAACCGAGGCCGACCGGGAGGAAACCACCAGUCCUGAGUGUGAGGAGCCAGAUGUGUUCAGCGAGGCCAGCCUGACUGAGGAGCUGAGUGCUCAGUGCAAGCUCUUGGCAUCUGCAGUCAGCCAUUCCCCUUUGGGUGGUCCCUUAAAGAGUCAGCUACAAACCCUGGGCUUUGACCAGCUGCAGGACAUCGCAGUUCUCCAGCAGCACAUCCAGGACUUGCGAGCACAGCUGCAGAACGCCAACAAGGUCAUCCAGAGCCUGCAGCGCCGUGCACGCUCCUUCUCUGCCACCAGUGACUAUGCGUCAGGCGCAGAGCGGCCCCACAAGCUGAAGCCAGGCUGUGUACCAGAUGGCUCACCUGCCCGCAGUGCGACUGACGAGGAUGAGGGCUGGCAGUCUGAUGGCUUCAGUGCCUUCUGCCCCCCAGCACUUCAGGCUAGCUGGGACCUUGAGCGCCUUGUACAGAGAGUGUCGCUACUGGAAGCCCAGCUGCCCAAGCCCAAGCCAGGAGGGAUGCUGCCUCAGGAGCUGAGAUCCACUGUCUGGCCAGGGAAAUAUGAUUCUCUGAUCCAAGCCCAGGCCCGGGAGCUCUCUCACCUGCGCCAGAAGCUGCGGGAGGGCCGCGGAGUGAGUCACACCCUCACCCAGCACCUCAAGGAUACAACCAAGUCCUUUGAGGAGCUUCUGCGGGGCACUGACAUCGACUACUACAUGGGCCAGAGCUUCCGGGAGCACCUGGCACAGGGCAACCAGCUGGCCGAGAGGCUGAGCAGCAAGCUGAGCAGCAGGGACCGCUCUGCCGUGGAGGAUAAAAGUGGACAUGGAUUACUGGCUAUCAGGCUCAGCAAGGAGCUCCAGGAGAAGAAGAAGAUGAUUGAGACCCUGGAGGCCAAGCUUCAGGAGUGCUCUGAGAGCGCCCACAGCAGCCGUGCUGCCUCCGAGUCACCCCGCUCUGACAGCAGUGCUUCCUUCCUGUCCGAUGGCCUGGAGGCCUGCUCUGACAUGGACGCUGCCUCGGAGUACACCCAAUACCAGGAGGAGGAGCGCAAUGAGCAGCCAUCCCGCUGCCACUCAGAUUUGGUCACUCAUUCUGGUAAUGCUCCUGCUCUGUCAUCUAAUUCAUCCCCUGCCACCGCAUCCCAUGAAGCUCGGGUGGAGUCUAUCAGAGACAACCCCACCACCAUGCCAUCUUCACAGCACCAUCCUACGGAUCCAGGCCAGGCAUGCACAGGGCUGCUCUUCAACUCCUUGUCCAAGCCAUUUAGCCUCCCUCUGCCUCCAUUUGCCCCUGGGCCGUCCUCCUUCUUGCCUGCCGGCCCCUCUCCUCUCGCUCCCCCUCCUCUCAUGGGCUGCUGUGGGACACCUGUCUUCUCCUUGGCCGAAGUGCAGCAGGAGCUGCAGAUGUUGCAGAAGCAGCUGGGAGAAAGUGUGACCCUUACUGUGCCACCGGUGAAAGCAGCCUCCCUGACCAGCACCUUCAAUGAGGCCAAUCCCUCCUCCUCUUCCCACUGCCUCCAUGCUGCCCACAUGGCUCCUCCUCAGCCUCAUUCCCUGCAGAACUUGACUCAGCCUCACAGGAAAGUUGAGGCCAGCUUUGUGGACAGUGGUGCCCUCUGGGAUCUGCCUCACCUGAGCCAACCUCAGAAAGGGACCUUUUACGGGGAGUUGUCUUCUGGGUCAUCGGGGUAUCCAUCCAGCCAAAAGCUGACAGGGGCUGACUUGCUGGAAGAGCACUUGGCUGAGAUCCGCAGCCUGCGCCAGCGCCUGGAGGAGUCCAUCUGCACCAACGACCGGCUGAGGGAGCAGCUGGAGAACCGCAUUGCGUCCACCACCAAGAGCAAUGGAUCACCCACCAACAUCUACAUCCAGGGGCUGGAGCCCGCUUCACAGUUGAGUAGUGAGAACCGAGCCCUGCGGGAGGAUAACAAGAGCCUGCAGCUUCAGCUGGAUCAUCUUUCCAGAGAGCUGGAGCGCCUACGGGAGACGCUGCUUACAACACACUCCAGGCUGCAGGAUGCCCAGGCAGAGCAAGAGCAACAGCAAGCUGAGCAGCAGAGGCUGGUGAAAGAGGUCCAGGAGAAGCAGCAGAAUGCCCUGCAGCUGCGGGAGGAAUGGCUGGCUCUGCAGGAAAAGAACAACAGGCUUCAGCACACAGUGACUCUCCUACAGCAGCAGUGUGAGGAGAACCGGCUAGUCUUCCAGGCUCUCCGCUCUGAGCUGCAGGUCUACGAGACUCUCUUUGGCCCCUCUAAGGUGCCUAUGUCAGCUUGCAUCAGGGACCUGUACUGGAAACAGCCUUCCAGCAGUGACCUGGAUGCCCUCCUGGCCGAGGUCCGAGCUCUGCGGAGCCAGUUGCUGCAGGGCAUUCAGGUGAACAACUCCUUGCGGCAGCAGCUGGAGCAGCAGCAGGAGGGGAGAGCCAGCCUAGCGACACAGGGCUCUACUUCCCAUGUCUUUGCUGCCAGCAAGCCACCAGGUGACUGGCAGCUCUUCCAAGACUCGGUUCCUUCUCCUCCAGUUCGGGAUGUGGGUAUGAGCUCUCCAGCUCCUCUCUUCUCUACCUUUUCACUGACUGCUCUAGGCCCAGAUGCCUCACUUCAUCAGACAAAAGAACUAUGCAAGGAGGAUCCCUCAGUGAGGAAGGGCUCCCCUUCCCUGAGGGGAGAUGCCCCAACUGGUUCAUUUGCCAGCAAACAUGGAUGUCACAUCAUCGGCCAUGUGGAUGACUACAGCACCCUGAAGCAGCAGAUCUUGGAGGGCAAAAUGCUGGUCCACAAGAUGGCAUCUCUCAUGCGGCCAGCUCUCAGUGUGCCCAGCCUGGAGGCCCAGGGCACGGAGGCCCUCGAGCUUGGAAGCAUUAGGCAGCUUUUUGGCAGUGCAAGCACCUUGCACCAGAUUCUGGAGGAGUGCUCCUCCCUCCUCAGUUUGUUCUGGAGGGCAGCGCUGCCCACAGCCUCCAGCCCUGCCCAGCACAGGACAAUGGAGCAGGUGAUGAAGGAGGAGAUCCUGGAACUGCGAGCUCAACUAUCUAAGAAGGAGACUCUGCUCCAGAGCACAGCUGAGCGCCUGCAGAGCACCAGCCGCCUGAAGGAGAACAUGGAGCAUUUCAUCAUCAGCCACUUGACCAAAACUCAUGAUGUGCUGAAGAAGGCGAGGACAAACCUGGAGAAGAGCACUCCCCAGAGCUCUGUAAAAUCACCUCCCUUUCUUGGCGAAGGUGAAAUCCCAGCGGGCACUUCCCAGCCCUGCCAUCGCAUGAGCCCGGCUUGCCAGGAGCCAGGAAGAAAGAGAAGCCAUCCCAACUCCUUGCCGUGGCAGGAGGAACAGAGCAGGCCUGGCUUCAUUCACCUUCGCAGCUACUGAGCCCCCACCCCUGCUUCCCACCCAGCAGGCAUGGCUCUGUGGCAGUUCUCAGGAACGCAGCACUGCCCUUCCCUGCUGUGGUGUGCUGAUCUCUUCUCCUGAGCGAGGCUUUGGAGUCUUCCAGAUCACACUGGAACCUAAUUAUUCUGCAUGUGACUUAGCCCGCAGCUGUUUCUGGCUUGUCCAUAGGGGGUAGGCUGCUUGGAUGAGUCACUGCUAGGGCUGGCAAGGGGCAUCUGGCAAAGUGGCUUUCCCACCAGCUAUGCCAUCACCCACAUGGACAACCACUCGCAGCAGCAGUGCCCUUCAGCUGUGUGGCCACACGCUAGAAGGCUGUCUGGAGACCCAUCACCCACCUGGUGGGCCCGACUAUUACUGCACCAUACUACUGAGUGAUGCGUGUGCUGGGGAGAUGUGGCAGGAAGGUGCGUAUGUCUCCUGACCUGCUGCCUCAAUGCAGCACCUGCUUUGGCUAUACCAGCUUUGAGCAGUUUGUUUGAGAGCUGUAGCUUCCUGAGGGGCAUUAUUGAAGUAGCUGUCACCACAGGCCCAGGAGGAUCACGUAACAUUAAGGCUGCACAUACCCUGCUGUAGGAAGAUGAGCCCUGGCCAGGCCGCGCUUAGCUGGCUGCUGGGAAUCUAGCAUUGCUUUGCCUCUGCAAGGUGUGAUGGGGCCAGGAGACUCCACACCAGGGGGUUUGGGCACAGCUGUCCCUUCCCUGCUGGAGUCUUCAGUCCCCAAGGCUGAAUUGCUGUAGAGCCCGCAAGGGGUGGUGAAUGGGACAGAUGGCUGGUCAAGCCACUUGUUCAGCUCGGGCCUCCUGUUCAUGUGGAAGCUGCAGAAUUUAGCACUGCCUGUAAACAGCCUCGAGAGGCCCAAUGGCAGCCAACCCUUGCCUGCAGCAUGUCUGUGCUCAUAGGAUGUGUAUAUAUUGUAGUUGCGUCAUGCAACAGGGGCUGGGGUGCCUAUGAUGUGUCCUAGCAACCGUUCUAAUGCAGCAGGCCUCCCGCUGAGCCAACUCGGCUCCCAUUUCGGAAAGAAAUAAAGAUGUAAGAAAUGAAGUGUUUCCUCCCUGAUGCCAGCAAUUCCCCAAUAAACUCAACUUUUUUAAAA